GUAGUCAGUGGUUUGAGAGUCCUUGUGGAAUGUUCAACAGUUAUGAACAUUCAAUAACCACUUAAGACACAUUAGUUUUAAUACGUGGACAUCAUAUACACGUUUCUUACUGAUAAUGGCAAUUUGAUAUCCAUGUCCGCCAGGGGUUUAUUUGGACUUUUAAUCCCGGAAACUUUAAACUUCAACGAAACAAUUAGAAGAAUGAGAAAUGACAAUCACUGUAUAUACACAAUUCAUGCCGGAUUACACUGAAAUUUAAAUGGAGCAAUACAGGAUGAAAUUUGACCAUUUCAUUUUCGACAAGUGAAAAUCAUACCUUGAUUUGAAGGAUAGGAGGGUAUUUGAUUAUAAACUUUUUGUGAGCAUUAGUUGUUUUGUUUCGUGACAAAAGAAUCUAUAUCAUACUCUACUGGAGGGAUUUAUUGUUCUUCAGCUGGAAUUUCGUGAAUGUGUGUUCGAAUCUAGUCUGACUGAUCCUAACAGAAAUGAGGAGAAAGUAGGGAUACACUGUUCAGCGUUGAGAGGCUGAGGAAUCCAGGUAGAAACUAAAAAUGGACGAGAAGGAGAAAGAUAUCCUUGACAGAAACAAAGAAUUGUUGGUCCGGAACAUGGUCCUAACUCCGGAGUUUUACGAUUUAUUGCAAUCAUACAAUGUCCUUCCUGUCACCAUGGUGACCGAUAUCAGGGCUGGAAAAUCAAGGGAAGAUAAGAAUCGUCGUCUUCUGAAAACUGUAAAGCUCCGCGGAUGCGAUUCUUACCGGAAGUUACGUCAUGUCCUGAGCCUCACAGGACACGCCUUUCUCGCCGAUCAUCUACAUGAAGAAGAAACUGAUACAAAGCUACUGCGAUCUGAAGAUUUCUUUGGGAAAUUUCCAACAAUCUUCAACCAAAUCAGCGACGACAUAAAAACCAAGCUUCUCCAGUACCUGGAAACCAAGCUGAAAGAAAAGAUGCUUGUGAAUGCAUGGGCUAAUUCUGCAUUGGAAAGAAGUGAGAUUCUGGAGUCACGUAAAUUAGAAUUUGAGCACGAGAGGGACCUAAGGACGAAACUGGAGAAGUGUAAACGACAGCUGAGCAAGGCAGCUGACGAUUUAGCUUUAGCCAAAGACGAACUCAGACAAAACCGACUGGAAAUGAAGGUACAGAUGAAAGAGGUAGAGGAAUCCGAGAAAAAAUUCAAACAGGAAUUAGGAGUACAGUCUCGAUUUAAUGCAGCAAAUAACAGUUCCGUUUUAAGACUUAAAGAACAAUUUACCGCAGUCAACAACAAGAUUCGCCAGUUGAACGGUCUGAUUCAAGAGUUCCUUCAUGACAGCGUUGCUACGGAACCACAGGAAAACGUUAUCGCUGGUGCAAUGUUAACCACUUUAGAAAACAAUAUCAGGACAUUGAUGGACAAAGCUGACCAACAUGCCGAGACGCUAGACCGCAGUUGCGGUGAAAGGAACGCCAUUUUAAGUUUGCUAAAGAAGCCAGUGUCGCGAACAGAGCCACUGUCGGAGAUAGUGAAGAAACAUGUUGAAAAAGAGAACAAAAUUAAACUAGCGAUUUGUCAGGAAAUGGAUAAGCUCAACGAGAGUUUGCGAGAAGUUGGAACAGGAAUUCACACUAACGGGAGUUUGUCAAGCACAGUGACACAAACAACAGAUCUGCGUCUGAUUCGAAAUAUGAUAGCCACCUUCAGAGUGGAAGCUGAACAUCUCAGAAAGAAGCUAAAUUGGAAGGAUACACAAAUUUCUGAACUUGUCGAGGAACUCCGACAAAAACCUACUUCUCUUCGUCCCAUUGAGGAUAUCCCUCUAGCUACAGGUGACGCAUUUUCCAAAGGACAACUUUCUGCGCAGGCGUCAUUAGAAUUAAAAGGUGACGUAGUAUCUUUUGAUGUAAAAACAGUAGAUCAAAUAACCAACAAUGAAAAGUCCACGUUGUACACAAAAAAGGAAAAAUGGUCGCGUGAGAGUAGUCCAUUAAAACCGAUCUCCAUAGUGACGGACAGUUCGGAAGGGGUUGAUACAUUUGAUGAAAACAAGCAUAGAAUGGUCUCGUUUGCGCAAAAGGAUGGCAAUAUGGAAGAUAAGCGUUCAAAUUUCCCAACUGUCAAUAGACAGGUAAACCACGGGAUAUCGUCUCCAAGAACUCCUCAUCCACCGGGAAAACAUACAAAUACAGCCACUGAAAAGAGAGACGGCGAUUCUAUGGCAAUACAGGAAGUGACGUCAUACAUGGAGGAAAAAAUUGCCGAAGGGAAAUUGCCGCCAAUAGUAUCGAGCUCUUCGUAUCUGAGCUUUGAAAAUAUACCGUCAAUCGGAAACAAGACUCCGCAAUCGCCGUAAUAAUCUUUUUGAAGCAAAAAACGGAAGAAAAUAACGAACCAGCAAUGGGGAAAUAGCAUAGCACAAUGUGAAAAACAAGGUUUAAGCAACUCCUUCACUAAGUAUAUAUACAUGAUGUAUCUCUAGUUUUAAAUGCAUUAAGAAGAUGUGUAAUGAUAUUAUACAGCUAUACUAAAUAUAUAUAUACACUGUAUUGCUGAUAUUAAGUCGUCCACAACGUUACUCCUUGAGUUACGUUCACAUUCGUUCUCAACACCCUUGGACUGUGUCAUGGCAAAAUUGAAGGAAUACAAAUGAUUAGCUAUUUGAUUAACCUAACCAAUCGCUGAGUUGAUGCAUUUAUUUUUUAUGAUCACAAGUGAGCGACAACUAAGUUCAAAGCCGGUCAGUAUGGCUGGCGAUCCCGAGAUUUGCACAUCAAAGUCUAAAACUAGCUUUUUUACUUGAUAUGGUAUAGUGACCAAUACUUUGAUUUUGCCAUGAAACAUUUCAUGGGGAGCAGAAACCUAAAGUUAACGCUUCCUCUGGAGUAUCAAAGAUGCUGGAAAUUAAGGAUGCCCGGGGGUUUUGCGUAUUAAUCCAACUUUUUUUUUAAAGAGCGUUCCAGUGUUAUUACAGCCAUAUGUUGAAUACAGAUACAUUGUUGUUUGGAUAUCUCGAUCCACAAAAUACAAUGUAUAUUUUAGUGUUGAAAUAUCAUAUUUUGUGAAAUUGCUUGAUUUAAUAUAUUUACUACUUCUCCAACUGAUAUGCAAAUUAGUUUGAAGUCUGAUUGGAACAUGUUCUAUAACAUAUAUGAUGUAUUUUCUUCCCCCUUUUCAGGAAGAAUGAUGUUCUUUUUAGAAAAUUUAUGUACAUUAUUUUUCUCUUGUUUCGCCAUGCAUCAAUCCUUACAAUUGUCUAUAACGUACAUUGUAUAUAUCUAUAAGUACUCAAACAUUGUCUUUUUAUUAACACGCGGGUUUGUUUUGUUGUGGAAAAGUUUGACAAAUCGUAUUCGUCAAUACAAAAUAAUUCAUACUUAUAAUUGUCGUAAUGCAACAUUGUAUGUUUAAUUUGAUAAUAUAUGUUGAUAUGAAGUCAGAGAUAGGUAUAUAAAGCUGUAUUAUGUGUUUAAGAAUCCAUUUAUACAUGUAUCUCUCUUCUCCAAAGGGAAAAUAUUUCAGCCUAAGUUUCAUAUAUAAAUGAGUUUUAAGAGUUCACACCCGUGUGACCUUGCUGUGUUUAAUAUAAUAUUAAGUAUAACGUUCAAUCUAAUACAUGGCAGGUUGAUAUACGAAGUAUACAUGCAUGCAAUAAAAUGAAAACAUUUAAUAA